CACUCUCUCUCUCUCUCAUUCACUCACUCACUCACACAUACACACACAUCUAAGUGUGGGAAAAGUUCCAUGUGUUAUCCAAACUAAAAAUACUUAGUGCAACCCUGAGGAAACAACGCAUUAGGGCGAUCUUCAUACUCCCGUGAAUAUGCAGCAUUACUGGCGUUUGUACAAAUGAUGAUAAAUACAAAUAAUAUUACUGAAAGAAGCUUUGUAUUUUACGACUGGAUCGAAGUACACUUCGUAUCGUUAUGUGCUAAUCAGCUGAAAAUCCCGUCUCAAGAAGAUCGGCGAGAGCUUAUAACAAGACAAUUUGUAGAUAUCAUUAAAUCGUCCUGGUGGCUUCACUGUAGGAAACACCGCCUCGAACAAGCCGAUAUUAAAAUCUGUGCUAAAGUGUAAGACAGCCUGACGCAAGUCGAGUAUACCUUACUGUACUACACAUUUAAAUUGUAAUAUUGUAAAGUGACAAAUUUACGUACGUAAAAAUAACUCUAUGAAACAAUGAAGGUAUUAAUAUUGACAAUGAUUGAAUUAUGAAUUACAGUUAUGAUAUUAAUGAUAAAAAAAUAAAGAAUACUGUUUGGAAAAUAUGAUCAAUUGAACUUUAUAAUAAGAUUUUAAGAAUAUGAGACAAAGGAAUAGAAGAAGGAUGGAGAGGUAUGAAGUAAGCCGAACAAAAAAAUGUUAGUAUCUUAGAAAUGAUACUACUGUGUGUAUCAUUUUGAGUAAUGUACCUGGUAUUUGGCAAAUGUAAUAUCCUGUUUUAUACUGCGAACACAUUAAAAUGCAAGACAUGGCUAUUAUCUUUUUUAUUAUGAAAUACAUUGGUCAGUCACUGAAUACCUAUUAAUAAUGUGUCACUUGAAGCGAGCUACAUCAGUUUUUGGCAACUUCUUAUAACAUAAUGUUACUGGGCGCAGAGAACACCAGCAAGGGACUAUGUUGAUUAUGCUGUUGACCUUUCAUCAACACCCGACUAUCCAUAGUAAGGUUGUUAUUUUCUACUGAAUGUAUCGGUCGGCUUCUCCCCCUCCUCAAUCUCUCUCUCUCUCUCUGUAGAUUCUUGUUUCAUCACGGCUUCCUGGUGGUCCCGGAGUUUAUAACUGAAGGUGAUAUAAGGUACGGAGAGAGACUGUCUCCUUAUCUAUUUCUUCCUGCAGUACUUCGUUAUGCAAAUCGAUGCAAUUAUAUUACGCUGCCGAUAUCUUCAUAUGGCUUGUAAUUUUAUUUGCGUGGAACUUGAGUUACUCUGAACAGCCUUGGCCACUGUUCACUUUGAUUCCCAGAAAAUUAACUUUCUCUCUCUUUUCUUACUCCUCUCUCUCUCUCUCUCUUUCUUUUCAACACCUAAGCUUUUCACGUUCACUUUAGGGGGUUGCUCAUGUGAUACAUGCGGAAACUUAUUUAAUUAUUUCCUUGCUACCACCGCCAUUGUCAGUGUUAUCAAAAUGUGGCGGAAAAAAUAAUAUUCAGAUGUUGCGUUCUUGUUCAGCUGCCUAAUUAUAUUUCAGAAAUAAUGUGAGACUUCUGGUGGUAUCAACACUAAAAGAGGUGCCACCAUAGCUCCAAAAUAUGUAAACUACGAGAGACACUUAAACUUUGCCAUAUCACACCAUGGCACGAUACUGUGAAUUAUCAUCAGGAGACCGACCUUGUGCGUCGAAAUUCGACAUUUGCUGAUGGUAAAAUGCUCGUGUGACCAUCACUUAAUCAGCGCACACACUCGGAAUACGUUGCACACCCCUGAGCUCUCGAAGAUAGCAAUGUAUCAUGGCAUCAUUUCUCACGGGCUGGUGAGACCCUGCACUUCACUUUGCAGACGAAUCGAAUUGAUAUCCGGUCAUAGGUCCCCCCGUCUGCUUUCCGCACGCCCAACUUCCGCCAAACAUUCUUCACCCUUUACGAGUUCGAGUGAAAGAAAGAGAAUAGAUAAACGUGAUGGGGCAGGGCAGAGUGAAGAGGGUUCGUGGCCAGAGGUGUGUGACGUGCUUGUGCUUGGAGGCGGGGCAGUCGGUUCCUCCGUGGCCUAUCACCUUCAGCAACGAGCUCGGAGGGACCUUCGGGUAGUCGUGGUGGAGCAAGACCCAGCUUAUACAAAGGCCUCGACGGUGCUAUCUCUAGGUGGUAUCAGGCAGCAGUACACAGUGAAAGAGAAUAUCCAGCUGUCUCUAUAUGGAGCGGAUUUCCUCCGUAACGCCUCCUCCUUGCUGGCCGUGGAGGGCGAAGAACCUCCUGACGUGCAGUUCAGACCCCAAGGUUAUCUCCUGUUGGCGGCCGAGGACAAAGUCGAACUACUGAGAGAGAACUUUAGACUUCAGGU